CUGCUGCAGUUGUGUACAUGCGCCACUGGGCGAGUCUCCGCUGUGGCCCAGUCUCUCUCUUUUCUCUCGGAAUAGGAGGAGAGAAAGGGUUUGGGAGAAGGCCGCCAUUAUUGGGAGCUUAAAACCUCUCAAGUCAAAGGCUCGUAUCUGAAAAAACAAGACGAGGGGCAUGCGAUUUCCGGCGACAGAGAACCGAUUUGCAAAUAACAGAAAAAACACUGAAACACAGGAUCCUACUGCAUUUUGAGGGACAACAAAGGAAAAAUUACUAACUCAAAACACAACGUGGUGAACCCUGACGAAGACACUGAAACUGGCCAUUUUUACGCCCCCUCUUCUUUAAAAUAUGAUUUCCUCGUGAAAGAGCUCUUGAGGUGCACAGGGUGGUUUUGUUGUUGCUGCUCUAACGCCCAAGGGGAUCGACCAAAGAAAGGAAAACGUCAAAGUUCCCAAAAUAAAAUGGAUAGCCUGUGAUCCUGCUCCUUGGACGAAGCGAGCAAAGCGAACCGGGAUUUCUGUGGCGAGUCUUCUCCGAUUAAUCUGUCGGACCGGCGGUCCAGGCGCAGAGCACGGCAGCCAGGAAUGCGAUGGGGCAGAUCCAAGCUCACCAACACUGACACCCCCUAGGCUGCUUCCAGUGCUGCAAGAAGACACUGUCGUGGAGAAGCAAUGGGCCACACUAGAGCACUUGCCUGCCUGCACUCCUAGUCCCAGUGGCCUCUUCCCGUUUCCCCCUUAUCCUGCCCACCCUCCCUCCUUCCCUCUUUCCCCUUUUCUGUCCCUCUCACCCAGCCUUCCGUGGGACAGUAAAAUAAACCCCCUGUAAUAGAAUCACAAAGCUAGCUGUGAAACGGAGGAGGUUAAAACAUUUGCGAGGAUUAAAAAGUUGCAUGGAAGCGCAACACGGCCUCCUCUUUAGAGCAUUUGGGCAAGGCAGGAUGAGCGACAGAGCGCGAUGAUGAUGGCAAAAAAGCAAGAUGUCCGGACGCCCACGUACAACUUGGUUGUGGUGGGGCUGUCCGGGACGGAGAAAGAGAAAGGGCAGUGCGGUGUGGGCAAGUCCUGCCUCUGCAACCGCUUUGUCCGUCCCAGCGCCGAUGAUUUCUACCUGGACCACACCUCCGUGCUGAGCACCAGUGACUUCGGGGGAAGGGUGGUCAACAAUGACCACUUCCUGUUUUGGGGGGAAGUGGGUCGACAGAUGGAGGAGGGCCCCGAGUGCCGGAUGCAUGUGGUGGAGCAGACGGAGUUCAUUGAUGACCAGACCUUUCAGCCCCACCGCAGCACUGCCCUGCAGCCCUACAUCAAGAGGGCUGCGGCCACCAAACUGGCCUCGGCAGAGAAGCUGAUGUAUUUCUGUACGGACCAGUUGGGCCUGGAACAGGACUUUGAGCAGAAGCAGAUGCCUGAGGGCAAGCUGCAAGUGGACGGCUUCCUCCUGUGUGUGGAUGUGAGUCGGGGGAUGAACCGCAAUUUUGACGACCAGAUGAAGUUCGUCACCAACCUCUACAACCAGCUGGCCAAGACCAAGAAGCCAGUGGUGCUGGUGCUCACCAAGUGCGAUGAGGGUGUGGAGCGCUACAUCAAGGAUGCGCACACCUUUGCCUUGGCCAAGAAGAAUCUCCAGGUAGUGGAGACCUCAGCUCGCUCCAAUGUCAAUGUGGAUCUGGCUUUUCUCACGCUGGUGCAGCUCAUCGACAAGAGCCGAGGCAAGCCCAAGAUCAUCCCCUACUUCGAGGCACUGAAGCAGCAGAGCCAGCAAAUUGCCUCGGCGAAGGACCGCUAUGAGUGGCUGGUGAGCCGUAUCGUGAAAAACCACAAUGAGACGUGGCCCAACAUCAGCCGAAGGAUGCAGAACUCUACAGAGUACAAAGACUACGUCUACUUGGAAGGCACGAUGAAGGCCAAGAAGCUCUUUCAGCAGCACAUACACAGGCUCAAGCAGGAGCACAUUGAGAGGCGGCGAAAGAUGUACCUGAGCACCCUCCCCCAGGCCCUCAAUACCCUGGUCCCUGAGCUGGACGACAUUGACCACCUCAGCUGGCCCGGGGUUCAGCAGCAACUGAGGACAAAGAGGGACUUCUCCACUUGGUUUGUUGUGCUAGAAGAGACACCCUGGGAGGAAACGUCACACAUCGACAACAUGGAGGACGAGCGAAUCCCCCUGGAUCUUCUGGACACCCCAGCCGCUGAGCAGAUCUACGAAAACCACUUGGAGCACCUGAGAAAUGAGCGCAAGCGGGCGGAGAUGCGGCGACUCUUCAAAGGGAGUCUGAACACAUCCCCAUUCAUCACAGCUGGCAAGCCCUGGGAGGAGGCCCGCAGCUUCAUCAUGAACGAGGAGUUCUACCAGUGGCUGGAGGAGCCAGAGUACCUGGAUAUCUACAGCCGGCACCAGAAGGAGAUCAUUGAGAAAGCCAAGGAGGACUUCCAGGAGCUGCUGCUGGAGUAUUCAGAGCUCUUCUAUGAACUGGAAGUAGAUGCCAAGCCUAGCAAAGAGAAGAUGGGAGCAAUCCAGGAAGUUCUUGGUGAGGAGCAGCGAUUCAAGGCUCUACAAAAGCUCCAGGCAGAGAGGGAUGCUUUGGUCCUCAAGCAUAUUCACUUUGUUUAUCACCCCACCAAGGAGACCUGCCCCAGUGGCACGCAGUGCGUGGACAGCAAAAUCGAGCAGCUCCUGGCUUCCCGGUUUCCCACCCGCUACCCUUUCUUUGAUAGCGGGAACCAAAAAUCCCACUUUGGUGGGGACAGCAAAGUGGACAAAAUCAAUUUGGUCAUCCUGGGCAAGGAUGGACUGGCCCGGGAGCUGGCCAAUGAAAUCAGGGGCCUGUGCACCAAUGAUGACCGGUACGUGCUCGACGGCAAGAUGUACGAGCUCUCACUGAGGCCCAUUGAGGGCAACGUGCGCUUGCCCGUCAACUCCUUCCACACGGCAACCUUCAAGCCACACGGCUGCCUCUGUCUUUACAACUCUAAGGAGUCCCUCUCCUAUGUCAUGGAGAGUAUUGAGAAGGUCCGUGAGUCCACCCUAGGCAGGAAGGAUAACCACUUAGCUCACCUGCCAAUGACACUAAUCCUAAUCACCAAGAGAGGGGUUGGCUCGGUGGGCGACAUCGGGGGGGAGACCACUCACAGCUUGAUUGCCCAGGGUCAGCAAGUGGCCAGCAAGCUACAGUGUGGGUUUUUAGAACCAGCUGCCCCGGGCAUGGGCUAUGGGCGGAGUGUCAAUGAGAAGCAGAUCAAUCAGGUCUUGAAAGGCCUGCUGGACUCGAAAAGGAACAUGAACCUGGGUAGCAGCUCUCCGCCCCUCCACCCGCCACCGAGCGCCAGAGACUCUCACCACCAACAGAACCCAGAAGCUGACAUGCGCAUCGUGAUGUGUGUGAUGUGUGGAGACUCGUACGACGUGGAGCAACUCCUGUCCCCCUUUCUGCAGCCCCAGCAUUGUCGGCCUUCCUCCUUACCAGGCAGUGGGACCUCAGUCCUCCUGGAGCUCUCUGUGGGGUGCCAGCGGCAGAGCAUCGAGCUCCUCAUCCUCUCCUACCACUCCUCCUUCAGCUUGCGCAAGAGCCGGCUGGUGCAUGGCUACAUCACAGUCUACUCCGCGAAGCGCAAGGCGUCCCUAGAAACACUCUGUGCUUUCCUCUGCGAGGUGCAGGACAUCAUUCCCGUACAGCUGCUCGCCGUGGAAGACGAGCUGAGCGACCACGAAAUUGCCAGGGACCAGCUGGCCCAGGGGGAGGAGUUGGCCCACGAGAUUGAGGGGCGCUUUACGAGCGUUGCAUGUGGAGCCGGCGGUGGACAGCACACGAUAGACUUGUUCCAAUCCUUCUUCAAAGAGGUGGUGGAAAAGAAGACCAUUGUGGAAGCCACCCACAUGUACGACAACGUGGCCGAGGCCUGCAGCACCAAUGAGAGCAUGCACUCGCCCCGGGCUGGCUCGCCUAGCCCCAUUACAACCCUGCUGGACUCUGAGGAUGAUGUGGAGCCCUCCCCGCCCUACACCACACUGCGUGAGGACAGCACCCUGUCCUCCUCCCAUAGUGGGUCCAAACUGCCCGAUACAGAGGCCAGUGAUACCUUCUCCGUCAUCUCCGAGAUCAGCGCCUUCGAGAGCAAGCUCAACAACAAGGUGCCUCCUCAGGUCCGGCCUAAGCCCACCGUCAGCUUCGACUUCCGCAAGGUCAGCCUCACCUCCUACAUGGACCCCGGUGCCAACCGCCGCUCGCUGCCUUCUGCCGUGACCUGGACGCCGGGCGGAGACGGGGGCUAUGACCCCAAUGACUACGCGGAGCCCAUUGACGCAGUAGCCAAACCUCGGCCCACUGACGAGGAGAAUAUCUAUUCCGUGCCCCAUGACAGCACACAAGGCAAGAUCAUCACCAUCCGGAAUGCCAACAAGGCGCACUCCAACGGAGGGGGCAACGGCUCGGACAGCGAGGCCGACAGUAGCUCCCUGGAGCGCCGGCGCAAGCUCUCGUCCGUGAGCAUCAAGCCCCGCUUGUACCGCGACCGCUCCAAGCGGCUGGGCAAGUUCAGCAGCUUCCGCACCAGUUUCUCCAUCGGCAGCGACGACGAGCUGGGCGGCCCGCCCAAGUUGAAGUCGGAGGAUGACGGUGGCGUCCUCAAGGGCGACAACUCCAUCAUUGAGAUAGAGGGCGAGGAUCCCAAGAGGAGGAACAUCUUAAGGAGCCUUCGCAGACCUGGCAAGAAAACGAGGCCCAAGCCACGACACUCCAUCUCCAAGCCGCUGGAAAGUAACUAUUUUGGAGUGCCACUGGUCACCGUGGUCUCCCCCGAGCGCCCCAUACCCAUCUUCAUCGACAAGUGCAUCAGAUACAUCGAGGCCACAGGGCUGAGCACUGAAGGCAUCUACCGUGUGAGUGGGAACAAAGCCGAGAUGGAGAGCAUGCAGAGGCAGUUUGAUCAAGACCACAGUCUGGACCUGGCGGAGAAGGACUUCACUGUCAACACAGUGGCUGGAGCCAUGAAGAGCUUCUUCUCCGAGCUGCCAGAGCCGCUGGUUCCCUACAGCAUGCAGCUGGAGCUGGUGGAGGCCUAUAAAAUCAACGAACGGGAGCAGAGGCUGCAAGCCAUGAAGGACAUCCUGCGCAGGUUCCCUCGGGAGAACUACGAUGUCUUCAAAUAUGUCAUCUGUCACUUGAACAAGGUGAGCCAGAACAACAGGGUGAACCUGAUGACCAGCGAGAACCUGUCCAUCUGCUUCUGGCCCACGCUGAUGCGGCCCGACUUCACCACCAUGGACGCUCUGACCGCCACGCGCACCUACCAGACAAUCAUCGAGACCUUCAUCCACCAGUGUGCUUUCUUCUUCUACAAUCAGCCCCUCGUGGACACGCCCAGCGGCCUCCCCGCCUCGCCCACCACCCUGAUCGGAGCCUCCAGCUACUCCUGCUACACUCCCGUGCCCCCGCCGCUCCCCUCCUCCUCCUCCCCGGGGGCGCCCCAGCAGUCCCCGCCCCACUCGCCGCCGCCCACCCCGCAGUCGCCGCUGCUGCCCCUCCUGCCCCCUCAGCACGUGUCGGCCGAGCAGCACACGCUCUGAGGCUCACGGCCCGCCACGGCGCCCGGCGGCCAGCGGCCAGCGGCCAGCGGCCAGCGGGGAGAGGCCUGGAGCGAGCGCAGGAGCCCCAGCGGCGGCUCCCGGUCAGCGGGGCUCUGUUUGCUUCCUCCCGACCUUGAAUCCCCCUUUCCCUGCUUCCCUGCCCGCGGAGGAGGACCCACACAGACACUGCCUCCCGGAGCUCCCCUCUCCUGUGCAUAUCCCGGGGGCAGGAGGGCGCGGCGCCGAGCUGCCGGUGAGUGGAGUUGUUCACCAGAACUUUCGGACAGUUGGGACCCGUGGGUGCUGGAGUCGGGAAGCCACCCCCACCCUGCCAGCGCCCCUCACCUGUCCCGGCAGCUCCGGGCCGCAGGGCGUGUGUGAUCUCGGGGGGAGCGUGUCAGGGCGUGAUUAGAGUCUUUUUCAUUCAUCCUGGGAGUCCCCUGCCCCUCCCUCCGGAGCAGAACAAAACUCUCCAAAUCCUUCUUCCGCCCAAACCAAACCCGACUGGGGCAGAGCGAGCCCGAGCUGGAUUCCUCCCCCCGGGAGCCCUGCUCAUCUCCACGGGCCGGACACACCAAGCCGAUUUGUCCCUGGUGUUGAUUAAUUUAUUUCGGUUUUUUCCUCACCGGGCCUUUGGACUCGGUGUGUGGAUCCAGCAGCGCAGUGCUGUCCCGGCGAUCGCUGCUCAGGACUGUGCAUCAGCAGCGUGGCGUCGGGACGUCCCGAGAGUGUGCGGGACCGGAUCGACUGGUUUCCUCGCCCUGUGCGGCCUGCGGCUGCAGCGGGGAUCUCCCAGGGGGAGGGUGCCCGUCAGUGGGCACAGCGCAUGGACAUUGUGACCGGGGGGAGUGUUUCUUCGGGGGCUGUUGUCACUUAUCACUUCCUGAACACGCGUCUCGUUGGCCGUGCCGCUUCGCCCCCGCGGCGCUGCCCACAGAGCUGAUGGCGACAUGCCUGUAGCGGGACGUUGGCAGGGGAGAAUGAUUGAGCAGUCGGGGCGCUCGGAGUGAAACAGGCCUCCUGGCAAAGCGCCAUCAGCCGAGUGGGAACGGCAGGCUGGUUUGACGGCAUUCCUGCUCCGGUGUGGCCUGGCGCCCCGCACUGCCGCAGUGAGGCGGUCUGAUCGGCUCUGGAUCCAACUGAGACGCCAGGGCCUCUGUGUCAGAGAGAGGACCCGUUCUGCCUCAAGGCUGAUCUCCCCUUUAAAACCAUCUGUUUUUGUCCCCUUAUACCAUCAUGGACUACCGUUUCCAUUUUUGUUCAGUACGUAUGUAUAUUACUUGGAGGUACAAAUGAAACAAGGUUCCGUCUGAGCGCGACUGGGGAGCGUGAGCUUCCUGGAGUCCUGGCGCUGCACACCCCCGCAACCCUUCUUAGUAUUUUAGGAGAUUUCAGGAUGUGCAGCGUGGUAGAAGUAAGGCAUGAUGGGAAGAGCCUCCCAAUACAGGCUGUCAGAACGCCUCUCCCUGUCCUGGACGUCAGCCUGGGUUUCUGGACUUUGGGGAAUUGUGCAAGGGAUUGUGGGCCAGAGGCUUGGAGCAGGCCUUCUCCCCUCUGCUGUGCAGCUGCAGGCGCUCCGGGCUGCUGGCUGUUCCGUACGGAGACUGAAACAAGUCGGCACCUUGAGCGGGCUGAGUCAGGCCUGUUUCAGUGGGCUGAGUGCAUUUGCAUACAAGACUGGGGGAAGGUAAAGCUUUCGUUUCGUCUUUUCUACAGCCAGCGGCUCUGGAGAGCGGCGGUGGAUUAGACUGCUGUGCUGGGAGCGCGGCAGGGCUGCGUCCGGGUGCGAUCGCCUUGAUCGAGGGAUUGGUGGGGAGUGAGGAGGGAGAGCAGCAGAGCGAGCAGGAGGGUGUGUGCGCACGUGUGUCAGUGUAGGAAACAGAUUUACUUUGGGAACAAGCUCUUCUUGGUGCUGUUGAAGAAUGCUGGAGCCCUGCCAGCAGCUGCACUGCAGCAACAAUCAGAAGAGCCUCCGCCUGUGCCAGUCCCCUGGGAGAGACCCUGGCGGGGAGUCCAGCAGCUGGGUGCUCAGACGUGAGGAGAGGCUGUGCAUGAAAGGGCGUGGAGUUAGACGCAACAUGAGCGAUACGUAUGACCUGCUCGCCCCAAACCCGGCUUUUCAGACUUUAUUCUCAAGGUUCGGAUCUGUUUGUCUGGAAAACCGUCCGUGUCUGCUUCAUCAGUUAAGGAGGAUGCAGUGAGGUUGAUAAUUAAUCUGAACAAACAGUGUGAUGAGAGCAUAGGUCAGGUUGUUUUGUGUUCUUUGCCAGUACAUUCUGCACAAGAAGCUGCAGCUGGUAAAACCCAAGAUGGAUCAGAAUGCUGUGUCUGCUCGGCCCUGCGCUUGGGUUAGUCUGCCAGGCUGCUGUUCUCUGCUGCUCAUCUCUCUGCCUUGCUGGUGCUCCGUAUUGCUCACAGGAGGCCUCUCCAGCUGACGCUUCAGUCCACUAAUCCGCUGCAGAAGUGCGGUUAGGAAGCACUCUGGAUGUUUUCCAUAGACUGUUACCGGUUUAAUAAUUAAGGCUGCAGCCAGAGUCCUGUAAGGGUAUCGAUCAGACGUGACCUGUUGAGAUGCAUGCUUUCUAGAACAGUCUAAGUAAGGGGAUACUGUUGCAUUUGAUCUUUAAGAGCAGGCCAGUUAAAAUGCGGGGGCUGCCAAAAAGCUUUCCUGCCAUUCCUGUGAAUCAAUUUUGCCGUGUCACAACCUUCUCCUUUUCAUUGGUGUUGCGUCUGAGCUGUUGAUACACACAGAAAGUCCCGGUCAGGGCUCCGGAGUCGCUGGCCGGCUGUAGGUUCAGGGUACGCCACUCAGGUGUGCAGAUGUGAGUUGUCAGCCAAAAUGAACAAGUUAAUAUCGGCACUGGGUUCAGGGAGGAGGAUCAGGAUGUUUGGAAUAAGCUGGAGUUGCAGCGGUAGAGCGCUGGGUAGCAGAGGGCUGACUCUGCGUGCCGUUUCAGACUGGAAUAUGGAAAGCCGGGGAAUAUGUGCCGUUACACAGCUCUGGGGAAGACUGGGGACAGGCAGCUGGACUGACACUGCGAGGCUGCAGCGCCCCCCCUCUGCUGGGGGUGGAACAGGCCCACCUGUCCCUGCUGGAGCUUCUCUGGUUUGGGAAUCCUGGCUCUUGGGGGAGAGACUCCGUGCCGAUGCCGGGCGCUGCCCAGUGCGGUCCAGUUCCCAGUCGAGUCCCAGACAGCUGUAGCAGCAGUAGCUGUUCCCCGCUUGUGUAAGUGACAUGAUCAACAGCAGCCCGGCUCUUCCCCGGACCCGUCUCUCAGAGCCCAGCACGGCCGGACACGCAGCCGUUACCCUGUUCUCGACGUGCUGCUGGAAGACUGUCGUGUCUGUUGCCGCAGUUGCACUCAGUUUGACUUUUUUACCAGGUAACGUUUUUGUGCUGCAGAAGUGUUUUCCUUUGGAUUUGAGGAGCUUUCGAUUCAUCACAUCAAACACUUUUUCACUGACUGGGACUACAGUUGCUGACUCAUAAAUCUCUUCCAAUUUCCAACCUCUCUUUGGAUCCUGUGGGUGUUCAAGACUUGUUUGGAAACAGAGGCUAAGAGGAAAUUGCACAGCUAUACUAAGGCAGUGGAGUCUGAAGAGUGACUUUCUUCCUGUCACAGGGUGAGGGAGGAAGAUUGUGUCAGUGGGGAGAGACAUGGUGCAGGGGAGUAGGUAGAGCAUAUCAAGUGAGGGCAGUGCAAUCACUGCUGGUGUUCUCUGCCUCAUUCAGGAGGCCUGGUGCAUUGCUAAGGCUGGUCAGAGAGCUCUGCUGCCACCUAGAGAGUGUGGUCUGUCCUGCAGCCAAAGGCAGGCUGUUGGCCUCAGCUUGGCGUGGCUGAGAAACAGCUGUUAUCUGCAGUGUCUGAGCCUGCAGGGGGCUUGGAAUAGGGUGAGACAUAGUGUCAGGGGGGCUUUGAGUGUUGUUUUGUACUGGGAAGUAUGACUAAAACGGUCACGGAAUAUGAGCCAGAUAUGAGAAUUAUUACUGCACUUUCACACAUUUUCCUAGUUAUUUUUUCUGCAUUAGCUUGUAAGCCUUUUUGAAGUAUAUAAUACAAAUGUAAUUUUGAAUGUCUAAGGUUCUGAAGGCUGCUCUGUCUGAGAGGUCCCAGUCCUUUCUGAACCCAUGCAGGUUUGUGGGAGGUGUAUUGGACAGCAGGAUCUCUUGUGUCAGUGUUUGCUGUUCGACCUGGUAUGUAUUUGCUCUUGCUGAGGCUGAGCAUCCCAGGAAAAUGCUGUGUUACAGGGGGAACUCUCUCACCCUCAUCCUUGCCCUUGGCAGUUUUCCAUUUGUUUCUCCUAUACUGAUCUGGGGUUCCACAGUGUUGGAUGCUGAAGAGCUAGUUCCCAUUUUCAGCCCUGAGUGUAACAUGAUUGCAUCCCUUGUGCUCAACACAUGCGGGCAGGAGGUGAGAAUCCCCCAGCUAGCCCUGGCGCUACGUGAUGCGCUGCGUGAGAGCUGAGCCCAGCACUAGCCCUUCUGAACCGCACGCAGUCCAGCACAGCACUGAGGGGCAGGGAGGGGGCUUCCGGUGGGCUUUCUAAACAGCUUCAGCUGUGCACCCAGCGCACCGGUCAGACAGUCAUUUCAGCACUGCUCUGGUACAUGGAUGAAAACACGGAUCGAUCGAUGUCUGCUUCUGAAUCCUGGGAGCUGAAGCCGAUACAACGCUGCACAGCUCACAGCUGGCAGAGCUGCUUCUUCUGAAGCAGAAACAGUCAUCAGGUCAGCAGUCAGCAGUGUUUAAAGAAAGGGUCACGCAGGGCAGGAUCAUGUUCCUGGCCUGUGAAAUGCAGAGUUUGGUGUAGUUCUCGGUCUCCAGUGGGGUGUAGAAUUCCAGGAACCAGGAAGGUGGGAUGAGUAUGUUUUGGGAUGGCUGAAUCUGUGAGCAGUCUUGCAGAUGGGGUAGGGCUGAAGGGGAGCUGCAGGGAUCAGGUCUUUGCUGGAAACGGGUGUGUUCUGCGCUUGGAGCUGCGAUGAUCCAGGAGAUGGAAGCUCUGUCUUGGCAGGGGCCUGCUGUGUCUGUCUCCUGCUUGAGCACGGAGCAGCUGAGGAGUGGGCCGGGCCGGGCCGGGCCGGGCAGGGGGUGGGCGCGUGUGUAGAAGUACCACUUGGCUCUGUGGGCUCUGAAACGAGAGGUGCAUUUGUGUGUCCAGCCUCCCGGCCGGCUCAGGGCUGCGGGCUAGCCUGCCUGUUCACUGUGUGCUGUAACCUGCGAGACUCCUCUCGCCUCUCACUCGAAGACGUGGUCUGUAAUUAAAAUGUUGAAAUGACACCAAAUCCAUGUUGUCUGUCAUGCAGGCCUUUGCCUGGGGAGGGGGGCUGAGGAAGGCAGUGUCUCCUGCACCCAGUCUGCACCUCUGGUACUUGUACUGUCGUCCUCCGGGGCGGCGCCCUCCGUGUGUCAUUGACAAACACUACAGCUGGCUUCCAGCACAGGUGACCAGGAAACCCAGCCUGGAUUACAAUGUGAUCACGGUUCAGCGGUCUCUGUGGUGGCAUCCAUUUUUGUUCUUCAUUUUUGCCACAAUGGUGACAGACUGUCUGUUAAGUUAAGUGAAACAAGCAAAAUAUAUUAAAAAUGGCUGUUUAUUUGUAUGUUAGGGGUCUAACAAUCUGCCCUUUAGUCAUUGGUGAUAGAAGACAUUUCUUUUUAUGUUUUAUUUUAAUAAUUAAAAAAGACCAUUUUUUAACAGUUUUGUGAAUGGUGUCCAGGCCAGUUCAGUAAUAGUGCAUGAUUAAGUACAGUGCCAGGGAGAGGGAAAGCCACUCUCAGUAUUCAAAAAAAGUAAAAAAAAAUAAAAUGACAAAAAAAUGAAGUAAAAUGCAACAAAACAAAAAAAAUCAUGUUAUUAUUUGCUAAAAGUAUCGUAAUUUGUCUCAAUGGGAGUAUGGUGUAAAAACAUUAAGGCCUUACGUGACAUGUAUAAUAGUUAAUAAAUCAAAUCUUGUACA